AUGGGAGGCUGGCAGAUAGUUAAAUUUCCAGAAGAUGAUAAUAAAGUUGAGGCUGUACCGUCAUCCUGGAUUUCAAAAGAGCAAGGAAAAAUCAUGUGUUUUUGGCCAAACACUAUUUCCAGCAGCAAAGUAUUAAAUUACAUAAAAAGUCAAGCACAACCGCAAGGUGACUGGAAAAGCUAUCCUGUUGUCAUUUUAACCCAGUAUCCUGAAGAAAGCUACUCAUUUGCUUGCCAGAAAGCAAAACGAGCACAGUAUACAAGUGCGGUUGAUACGGGUGAAGAAUCAGAAGAGGAUCGAAUAUCCAAGAGAAAACGCAAAAAGAAUCAUAAAUAUUUAAGUAGUGAAUCAGAAGAUUCACCGUUAAAAACGGCACGCAAGACGUCCAGACAGUUGAAUAAAAUGCCAACACCUCCAGACCAAACAAAAGUAGCAAGCAGCAGUUCUCAAAUUGCCCUAAAUAAUGUCAGCAAAAAUUUGGGAAAUGUCCUUGAGAGUGUAGCUGAAAAUACUGAUAGUGGUCAGAAUAAAGACGUUAGAACCACCAGUUCUCGCAACCAGAAUUUGACUAAGACAUCCUGUGAAAGAUGUAAAGAUUUAAAAGAAGUUUUAAGACUAUUAAAUCUGAUAAAUGCAAGAGUUUCCAAUAAUUUGGAAGAAAUCAAAGCGCUCCAAUCGGGAACUUCAUCUAACAGCAAUGCAAAAGUAGUUCAACCUGAAGCUAAUAUUGACAUAGGCACUCUUCCUGCAACAAAUGAACAUGAAUUUAGAGAACUUAGUAACAAAAUGAAUGAUAAGAGCAUCAGAGAAUAUAUGGUUAACAAACUUGUCCACAUUGGGGGAACCACAAUAAAAGAAAUUGUGAAAAGAUGUAUGUCAAGCAUUGUGGAUGAUAAAGUCCUUAUCUCUUACAGUUGGAUUGGAGGAAAGGGCAAAUUAAAAUUUUCUCACCUCAACAUAGCAGACCUAUUAGUUGAUGUCUGUAAGCUAAAUCCAUUAACCAAAACAGAGACGGCCAAAAAUGUGGAGCAGGCAAUUGCGCUGUAUCUAACAAAGGCAAAAGAAAGAACGACUAGACAAGAGGCCAAAAAGAACAAAGAACCGGAAGCUGAGGCACCCUAG